GGAGGAGCCACGGUCUCAGGCUGUCACUAGGCAGUCAUGGACUCCCUAUGCAGCAGCUGGUUCCCCACCCAGAACCUGAUGUUCCAAAUCAGCCUCAUUCUCGCUAUUCCUUCGCCAGCUUCCCAGACUGUCAGUGACCCCAGCUCGUCCUGCACAUUGAAGAGGACUGUGGGGGAAUCUGUUCAGCUGCAACUGAACUCCUCUUUGGAUCCUAAUAUCCGAGAGAUUGAGUGGAAUUUGGAUUCUGAAGAUGAUGAGAGAACUCAGAUUCUGGUGUCCUGGAAUCCUAAUACUCUUAACCCUGAUUGGUAUGACCUUGAAGAAGAAUUCAAGUGCAGAUUCAGCCUAACAGAGAUGGCUUUCUUGAGCAUCAGGAAUCUCACUAUGGAAAUGAGUGGACUAUAUACAGCGAGAAUCAAAUUCCGCUCAGGAAAAUCCCAGGAGGAAACCUUUAGACUCUGUUUAUAUGAACCCAUCCCCCACCCUCAGAUUCAGAUCCAUUCAUUAUCUAAUACAUCAGGCUGGUGCCACAUCAGCCUAGAGUGUGGGACCCCAGGAAACACAGGGAACCUGAUGGUGACCUGGCAGAGCCAGGGGCUCCCCAAGGAGCUAGAGCAGAGCGGGACACUGGGGCCAUCCCCCAGCUCCAGGAAUCUAAGCCUGAGCCUGCCCCUCAGCCACUUCAACAGCCGCCUCACCUGUGUGGUCAGCAACCCUGUGGAUGAGAAGAAAGAAACCUUAUACCUGGAAAGCAUCUGUCCACGGAGGGGUUUUCUUCAGGGCAAAUGGCUUUGGAGGGGCAUCCUUCCCACAGUUCUGAUGAUGAGCCUAGGGGCUGGAGUGUGGCUCUGGAUGAGGAAGAAGAUGGAUACUGGGAGAGCUGGGUCCACUUUCCCGCCAGUGGUGCCAGGCUCAGCAGCAACUCCUCAGGUUCUUCCCACGGAGACAUCUGCUGAUCUUCAGACUGGAGGGGCCAACAGCCAUGACCCUGCCUACGAAGAGAUUGGCCUCCUGAGACACCAUAAGAAAGACACAGAGAAGGGCAGCUGCCACUCAGAUGGCCCAGAGCAGACUUUGUCCAUCCAUACUGUCUACGAGAAGAUUCGGACAAGCCCAGAUCUCCAGAGGGAUACCUAGACCACGAAGACAUUGUGGCAUCAAGGGACCUUGGAAAGAUCCGCCUCGUCCCUCCCUUUACCUGUUAAAGUCCCCAAAGGUCCCCCCAUAAGGUGGAGCUGGAACUAGAGCUCAAGUCUUUCUGACCAAUCUCACUGACACCACAGAGCAGCCUGAACUGCUCCCCUGGGUUCCCCACCACAAUUUUCUCACAUCCCACAUGGUGGAUGGUGACUCUGCUUCUUAAAUACCCAAGUGUGAGAAGCAAACCCUUCAGCCUUCAGACCUAUGGACCAUUUAAUCCCAUCAGGGAACAGCCAUGGUCCAGGGAGGACCUCAUAGGGAUGGUCAGGGGAGAGAGACAUGAUUUCCUGGACAAGGGAGGGUGCUGGGGGCCCUGAGAAGGAAGGGCCUUUGGUGGAAGACCUUCAUGAUUUCACAGCCCAGCUCAUGACCCAUGAAUAGAGAGAAGAAUGAAUGUUGGGUGUGAAAAAAGCAAGGGGCCUGCAGAUACAAGAUUCAAGGCCAGCUGUGAUGCAAGGGGAGAGAUGGAAACGGAGGUGGAAAGGAAAACAUUUGUUUUUUGAGCUGCAUCGUCUAAUAGGCUUAGUUUUAAGCAUAGGAAGUGUAAGUGUGAGUGUAAGUGCAAGAAUCUCAGGUUCCUAACAUUCAAGUCAUUCAGACUUUUAUUUUUAUUACAUAAUAUAUACAUGGAGUACAACAGUCAAAAGACCUGUCUCGUUGAAAUGAUCAUGUUUCAUCGUUUGGUUGUUAUUAAAAUAGGGUCAUAUUCCCAUUAUGUAUUCUAACUCAUUGAUUAAAAUAGUACAUAAAAAACAUACAUUAAACCAUGUUAUUAAAUUUCCCUACUAUUUAUAAUGUUUUAUCACUUGACCCCUUUGAAUUUAGAGGUAAAAAAAAAAAA